AUGGGGACCGGCGGCAGCUGCGCGGCGGCCGUGCGCGGCGCGAGGCCGGCGGUGGGCAUGGUUGCGGUGGAGCUCGCCUUCUCGGCGCUGCAGAUCUUCAUCAAGCUCGCGCUCGACGAUGGCAUGGACGAACGGGUCCUCGUCGCCUACCGCCUCAUGUUCGCCACCGCCUUCCUCUGCCCGCUCGCCUUCCUCGUCGAGAGGAAGAAACGGCCACCACUAACCAUGAAGGUGGUGCUAGGGUUGUUCAUGUGUGGACUUUUUGGAAUCGCAAUAAACCAGAACUUGAUAGUGCUUGCCAUGAAGCUGACGAACUCCACGACCAUCGUCACAGCUCUCAGCAACCUCACGCCUCAGUCCACAUUCAUCGUCGCGAUCUUGACAAGGCAGGAGACGGUGAAGCUUGGCAAGGCCAGUGGGCGUGCGAAGCUGGUGGGCACCCUGGUCGGCCUCGGCGGCGCGAUGCUAGUCACCUUCUACAGGGGCCCGGAGAUCGGGUUCAUGCACCGGCUCGCGCGCACGGCCGGGCUCAGAGACGCCGGCCGGCUCAGCGGCGGCGGUGGCCAUGGGACGUCGUCUGCCGCCGCCCGGGUCGUGGGCUCCUUCCUCGCCAUCACCAGCUGCUUCAGCUACGCGAUCUGGCUGUCCAUCCAGGCGCGAGUCGGGGAGGUGUUCCCGUGCCACUACUCCAUCGCGGCGCUGGUGUGCCUCUUCGGCGCGGUCCAGUCCGCGCUGCUCGCGCUCUGCUUCCACAGGGACAUGGCGCACUGGAGGCUCGGCCUCAACGUCAGGCUCUACUCGUCAGCCUACGCGGGCAUCGUGGCGUCCGGUUUCGCCUUCCCGCUCAUGUCGUGGUGCCUGCGGGAGCGGGGGCCCCUCUACGUGGCCAUGUUCGGCCCGCUCAUCAUCGUCUUCGUCGCGGUGCUCAGCUCAGUCUUCCUCGACGAGACCUUGCACCUCGGGAUCGCGCUCGGCGCCGUCCUCAUCGUGGCUGGGCUGUACAUAGUGCUCUGGGGCAAAGCGAGAGAAGCGCAGGAGAAAGCUGCUGCUGCUGUGCUCACAGAUGAAGAGCUUGGCAACGACUCGUCCAUGGCUCCUGCUGCUGCCAAUACCAAAUAUAACGGUGAAACAAAAUGA